AUGGGGAAAUGCCGCUGCCGCAGGGGGCCAUCCAUUUUUGACGGCAUAAUUAUUGCGGCCUUGGCCUGUGGCGGAGGAUAUUACUUAUAUGAAAAUUACAUGAAGCACAUAUUUUAUCCAUGUCCCUCGGGCUGCAUUUGUGCUUUUUGCCUAGCGAAAAAAUCCAGCAGGUGUUAACUAUGGUAGGAUUACAGGCAUUUUUGGAAAUCGACAGAAAACAAAGUAAAAGAGGCGUUAAAGACAUUUUUAAAAUUUUUUGUUUUAGCUAAAAUAAGUGCUCGAGUGAAGAAUAAAUAUAGCUAGAAUUUUGAG